AUGGCUGAAGUCAUAUUCGCCGAGGAACAGUCCAACUAUGAGACCUUCCGCGACUGUAUGAGCGAACCAAUCAUGAAGGCACUUGCCCUGCCAGAGCAGAAAGAGAGAAACAAGAAGAAGCGAAUAGCCAAGAAACGCGCCAAAUACAAGCCUGUAGGCAUUUUCGCGCCUGCAAGACUCCAAGUCGAAGCCCCUGAGACUGACAGCGCGCCUUCAGCAACAGAUGCGGAGGACCUGGGCGAAUUCAUUGCGUAUCUCAGCAGUCUUAUAUUCCCUUGCCUUCCUCUAGAGCUGCGCACGCUCUUGUAUCCUCAAUUCCGCGACUCGACCACCCUCCAAGAAGCUUAUACAACGCCUCUGUCAGCCUCUACGUACGAGCACCUUCUCUCGACCGUCCCACCCGACGCGGUUGACAGCCUCGAAUCCUACGCCCUGCUUCCCGCCAACAGCGACACGCACGACGCGAACCUUCUGCUCACGCCGGUCUUCACAGCAUACUGCGCCGCCGUCACACUGCCCCCUCCGAUAUGGGCCACCACGCGCACCACAGAGUGCGAACUGUGCGAGCGGGACUGGGUGCCGUUGACGUACCACCACCUGAUACCGAAGAGUACACACGAUCGGGUUAGGAAGAGGGGGUGGCACGAUGAGGAUGUGCUGAACAGCGUUGCGUGGCUAUGCCGGGCGUGUCAUAGCUUUGUGCAUAGACUGGCGAGUAAUGAGGAGUUGGGCAGAUAUUACUAUACCAUGGAUUUGAUCAGGGAGGGAGGGGUAGACGGGGAUGAGGAAAGGGCAAAGGAGGUUGAGGGAUGGGUGAGGUGGGUCGGGGGCGUGAGGUGGAAGAGCAGAUAG